AUGCAUCUGCUUUACACUUUCCUUGUUUUGCUCUCAUCUAGCUAUAGUUUCCAUCCUAACUGUCCUGGAAGAUGCAGCUGUGAUUCAGAGCAGUCGGUGCAAUGUUACAGGCUGACGGAGGUACCAUCAGGUAUUCCUUCCACCACCAAGAAGCUCUACAUCAGCCAUAGCAAAAUUCAACACCUUCAGCUAUCUAACUUCACCCAAAUGUCGGCUCUAGAAGAUUUUAUUCUGCUGGCCAGUGGAACAGAGUCAGUAGAAAAUGACACUUUCAAAACUAUGAGUGCUUUGAAGACCUUGGAACUCUGGAAAAAUAAGUUAAGACGGGUCCCCAGUGCUCUCCCAGCCAGUCUUGAAGUGUUAAAACUAAACGAUAAUUCAAUAUAUGUCCUUCACGGAUCUGAUUUUGAAGGAUUGAAGAAAUUAAAAAUCUUUGAACUGAAAAACAACCUGAUCUCUUCUCUCUCUCCCAGCAUGCUCUCCUCCCUUGUCAGUUUGCAAAGCCUGGUGUUAGACAGCAACAAUAUUGAGUCUGUGGAUGGCCCACUGGCACUUCCCCAUCUGAAACAUCUGAGCAUGGAGAAUAAUAAGCUACACCUCAUACCAGCUAGCUUCUUCACUUCUCUGCAGUCUCUGCAAUUUCUCAGUUUCAGUAGUAACUUUCUGACUAAAAUUCCUAUCAACCUGCCGAAAUCCUUGCUCUCUUUAAAAAUGGAGAGAAACCGGCUCAAAGUGGUAAGGUUUCGAGAUAUGAAACACUUGGAAAAUCUUUCUCAUCUUUACCUGUCAGAAAACUCACUCUCUUCCAUCGAUGGGGCACAGUUCCUUGUCAAUUUAACUACUCUUGAGUUGUCCCAAAAUCAGCUUCAAAUGUUGCCCCUCAGACUACCAGCAAGGCUACAAAAGCUUGAUAUCAGCAAUAAUCUGAUUCAGAAAGUUACAGCAAAAGAUUUUCAGGACCUCCGAGAUUUGAAACAUUUGUUUCUGGACAACAACAUUGUCAGCUUGUUUGAAGCUGGAGCCUUGCAGAGGUGUUCCCAGCUCUCCAACCUGGCCCUGGAACAGAACCUACUCUUGUCUAUACCUCUACGGCUCCCAGCAACCUUAGCCAGGCUGGACCUAAAAGGCAAUGCCAUCCAGGAUAUUGCUGAGAGGGAGCUCAAGGAUCUGAAGCAGCUUCAGGUUCUAAACCUUAGGAACAACAAGAUCUCUGCCUUAGACCUCAAAGCCUUGGAGGUGCUGCCUCGCCUCAGGCACCUGUAUCUGGAUGGAAACCCAUGGAAUUGCACCUGCAGUCUCCUGAGAGCCAGGGAGGUCCUGAAGGCCAAGGGCACAGAUGUGUGGGGAGGACAAUGUGCAGCACCAGCCGAACAACAAGGGGAGAGCUGGAUGUCUUCCAAGAAGAUCAUGAGGCAAUGUGAGCAUCAUUUGCAUCUGACCGAGAAAAGCAAAGAGACCAAAAAGAAACCAAAGCCUGAAGAGCACUCCAGCAUCAGAAUCAACGUGGAUGAUGAUUAUUAUGAUUAUGAGAUAGACUAA